CGGGCGAGUAUGUCGUGUACUUUCUAAUAAAUUUCAAUACAAGAACAAUGUUUACUGCACUCAUUCUUACGUAUAUAGGCGCGUACGUCGUCGGUCUGUAUGUAAUAGGCUCAUUGUGGAGUGUUCUAGAGUUGGCUAUAUCGUAUUUGACACCUUAUUUCAACCCAACAGAAGUGUAUCCGUUGUGGAAGAAGUAUGGCAAUUGGGCUGUGGUAACGGGGUGUACGGACGGUAUCGGCAAGUACUAUGCGUUGGAGCUGGCUAAGAAGAACAUCAACAUUGUGCUGGUCAGCCGGAACCCUGAAAAGCUGAAGGAUGUCGCUCAGGAAAUUGAAAAACACGGUGUGAAGACUAAGAUAAUUGUGGCAGACUUCAGCCAAGGCCCUGAGGUAUAUCAGCGCAUCGAAGACGAGCUCAAGGAAAUUCCCGUGGGAAUAUUGGUGAACAACGUGGGAGUACAAUACGAAUACCCGAUGCCGCUGUGUGAGAUGCCGACCAGCAAGGCAAUGGAGAUGAUCAACGUGAACGUGGUGGCGGUGACCAGGAUGUCUCGCAUGCUGCUCCCGGGGAUGGAGGCGCGGGGGAGGGGCGCCAUAGUUAACGUGUCCUCCGGCUCCGAGCUACAGCCUCACCCCAUGUGGGCGAUCUACGGCGCUAGUAAGGUGUACGUUAGAAAUUUUACGCGCGCAAUCCGCCAUGAGUACGCGCCAAAAGGCAUCUACGUGCAGCAUCUUUCUCCACUCUUCGUAUCGACGAAGAUGAACAACUUCUCAAAGAAGCUCCUGGAUGGAAGUUUGUUUGUGCCUGAUGCGGAAACGUACGCUCGGAGUGCUGUCAACUUGCUUGGGCGGGUUCAAAACACGACGGGGUACUGGCUGCACGGAAUUCAGUACACUUUCUACAAACUAGCACCGGAAUGGGCCCGAAUUAAAAUAGGACAACUUAUGCUGAAGGAUUUCAGAAGCGAAUACAUGAGUAACAAUGUUGCCAAGACUAAAUAAUUCUUAGAAAAAUUCUGUAGGCGACUUUAGUACUGUUAUGUGUUAUAAUAUUUAUAAGGCUUGUGAAUGAGAGGGCGUUUUACAGAAAUAACUAACUGUUAUGUUUAGUUUAAAACUGCAAUAGUACUUAUGGCCGUAUAAUAAAUGAAGAAACUUAUCCAUUAACAAAAGAAGCUUUAUGAAAGAGAAAAUAUAACCUAUUAAAUUGUUUACAAAAGGAGUAGGGAUGGAUACUGAUGUAUUAAAAGAGAUACAGCUCCUAUACUACGGUUUAAACUACCGUAAAGCGAAUUCGAAGAGCUGCAGUGGUAAGCAGCAUGAACUAAGACAAAUACGGCCUCACAAAUAAACUUCGCAUAAAGUUAUACCUGAGAAUAAACCAUGACAGUGUAUACACUUUUAUAAUAAAGUCCCAGCCACUACUAAAUGUUUUAUAAAAAUGGCUCUGUCGUAAAUCAUAUUACUCCACAGCUGAAUAUCUAAGUGAUCGGGCAGCCUGUGAUUAUAUUUGUUUUAUAGCGAUAGAAAUUACUAUACAAUAUUGUAUAUUUUUAUUGAAAAUAUAUACAAUAUUGUAUGUUUCUUGCGCCGCUUCUCCGCUCUCCGUCUUCCCACUCAGAACGCCAUUUGUUUCCGAAGCGGUAGUAGUAUCUAGUAUAUUAGAAAUGACACCAAAAAUAAUUCUUAAGGAAUCAAUUUUGAGAAAAUAAAUGCCUUUUAUGCCUUUUAAUGCAUUUGCUAUACUGCUGACAGCACUGUCAAAACAAUGAUAAUCCUGAAGAUUUCCGCAUGUCAAGCAGUCUUACAAAGAAACGCGGGAAAUGUGACAUCCGGAUAAACCAAUCAUAACAAAAAUGUCUAUUUGUAAACAUUUUGUAUAUUCUUGCUUUAUUACUAGGUAUAACUUAAUACUGAGCUUAUUAAUAAGGCCGAUAAUAUUUACUUAGUUCCUACACGCAUUCAAAUGUGAUGUAGUUGUAUGAUACAACUUAUUAUUAUCAAUAUUUCACAAGAUGGCGCUCAACACAAAACUAGUUGUAUAUAAUACCAUAGAGUAAGAAAAGAUGGACCUACUUAUAUAACAGUGUAUUCGUACUGUGUAUAUUCCUACUAUAUAAAAUAUUUUUUUUUAAAGAUCUCUAUUUUUCUUAGUAUUUUGCACUGACUCGACUUUUCAUUCGUUUCAGUACAAAAAAAAAGUAUUAAACUCGAGGUGAGGCUUAGAUAUUUAUAGCAUUUUACAUUAUUAAGCAUAAAGGUGAUUAUAAUUUGUUUAUAUUAUUACGGCCUUACAUAAACUGGGUAUAAUGUUACACCUGAGAAUAAACUUAAGAAUAUGCAAAAUGUUGACAAUAUCGCUGACAAAACUGUCAAUACAAUGAUAAUUCUGAAGUUUUCUGAAUGUCAAGCAACCUUGCAAAUUUUAAAAAAAUAAACGCGGGAAACGUUAUGCGUCCAAAUAAACCUUGAAUUAACCAAUCAGAAGCAAGAUAAUGUCUAUUUGUAAACAUUUUGCAUAUUCUUGGUUUAUUCUAAGGUAUAACAUAUACCAAGUUUAUGAAUAAGGCCGUUAUAGUUUUAAUUUAUCAUUGUUAUAGUUACUAUAUAUAAUUAAAAGAAAUUAAUCUAAGAAUGGACAGAGGUGUAUUAUAAGCGAUAUGGUGUGUUUUAAUGUAAACAGUAAUUCUGUGUUCUUUUUUAUGGAAGAGAAGAUUUAUAUUUAAUAACCUUUUGCAUUACCUGAGGAAUCACUUAAUGCAAAAGAUUAUUAAUUAUAAAUAAUCUUUUGGUAGGUUUACGUGGUUUUUUGGAGGUCCCCAUGUCGCAUCUUCCCGGAAACACCAUGCAAGUAAUUCAUAUCAAUCAUUCCAUAGUUUGAUAGUACUGCUUUCAAAUAAAGUUAAAUUUGAUACAAAACCUACAAUUAUAUUUAGAUAAAGGAGUCGAAUCAGGUUAUGCUGCUUAACAUGGCUCUCACCUACAAUAAUGCUUAUUUUAAUUUAGAUAUGUGUUGCUUGUCCAAAGUACAGCUAAAAAAAGAAAUAAGAGAUAUACAUCGACUGCAAUGAUCAUCUAAACACACACACACACACACACACACACACCAUACACCCUCAAAUACACAACACACAACCUUACAUACACGCACACACACUCCUGUAACAUUAUUUUCUAAGUAGCUUAUUAUAGUAAUUGUAAAUAUUUUGUUAUCUUAUUCUGGCUUGUUUAAAUCAUAAAAUGUUACUUCUUUUGUUUAAUACCUAUGUACUGUAAUCAGUUUUGGCCCUAUUUUUCUACUUCAUAUAUAAAUUGUGACGCUGUACAUGACAUGCAAAUAAAAAAUUAUAUAACAAACAUAGCAUUUCGUGCAGCGCUGAUUUUCGGCCACCCCCAGGUGUACAGUUCUGUCGUUAAAUAAAAGAAAUCUAUAUGCAAAUUGCCUCAAACAGCAAUCUUUCCUGUAUCUGUAACUAUGUUAACUGCUCACAUAGAAGUUAAAGUAAUAAUUAAUAUUUUACAGACAUAACUAUUGUUGCAUACUGUUAAGGCUAUUAGAAUUAAUUCAAUCCAUUUGUGUUCAUAAGUAAUACAUGUUAUUGAUUAUUAUUACGGUGUGGUUAUGAAAAAUUACCAGAGUGAAUUAUUACGAAAUUUGACAUCUUGACGUUAGUUGGUCAACUAGACCAUUUUUUUUCUUUAUUGAAUUAGGGGCUUUUAUACAUAUGUACAUGACAGCCCCAUUAUAAUCUAAGUACAUUAGACAAAAGAAAAACAAAAUUAUUAACUUAACAAACUAAAAAAAAAUGUUAAUAAAAGGAAAAGCAAGUUAUAUUUAUAGUGUUCAAAAAAUAAGACUUAUGGAUUCAAACAGACUUAUGGCAUCCUUAGAUGCAGGGCGGGCAAAUAUAUUUACAAACAUGCCCGUAUCAAAUCUGUUCAAAACCAUAAGUCUUACAAUUUUACAAACUACACUGAAUCGGACACAUUGCUUUAACAAGUGCUCAAAAUCCUCAAUUGUUCCACAUGACUCACAUAGAGGUGACUCCGCAAUUUUCAUCAAAAAUUUAAACUUAUUCAAAGGCAUGUGUCCGGAUCUCAGUCUGUGAGCAGUAACAAUCAACCCCCUUUUAAUCUUUACAACCUAGACCAUUUGUAUCAUACUUCAGCUAUCACAAGCCUCUUGUAACUCAUAUGUCUACUGAACCAGAAUUGAAAAUGGACGAGUUAAAUAAAUUUCAACAAAUAUAAGUUAUAAAAUAAAAAUAAAUACAUUUGUUAUUUAAAUUAACGUUAUUUAAGUUAAUUAUGUUACAUAAAUAUAGCAUAUUUUUCAAAUUGGUUGUAUUUAAUACCUUCUUUAUUACAAUAUUGUUCUUUCUACAAAUGUAAAAUAGCAUGAGGAAUAUAUUUUUUAAGUUUAUUGCCUUAGAUAAUUUAUACGUCCAGAUAGUCUCUUGUUAUAAAACCGAUAAAAACAGGCCAGCAAUAUUAACUUAGUGUGCAUGACAAGUUUCUUACACUCGCGAUUUGUAUGACACUUUUUGUAAGUGUGCGUGAAUUGCUCAAAAUAGAGGUUACUUCUCAAGUAUAUUUUUUUCGGCGUUUCCACAGCUGUCAUAGUCUAUCUACACGUAUUAAAUAGAUAUUAGUUACGCCUAAGAAGCAUAACUUAUUGAGUGCGUAUAUAAGUUCACACUUACUUUUCUAUUAGAUAAAUAAACUACGGAUGUUGUUCUUGUAUUUAUUUAUAAGCAUCGUAUUAUAUAAUUAAAUAAAUAAGUUUAAUAAA